AUGAUUCCAGAAUAUUUAUCACUAAUGACUGUCUAUGGUUAUGAAAAAAUGGUCUACUACAAAUUGACAUUGAAUGAUGCAUUGAAAGAAAUGAAAAAAAUUUCCAAUGAAGUCAACGAAAUAAUGAAUUUACCAUCGCCAACAAUGGUUCGUUUAUUAUUAAAUAAUUUUCAUUGGGACGCAAAUGUAUUAACAGAACGUUUUUACGAAGAUUCAUCAGCUUUAUUUCGUAAAUUAAAUAUUGUUAAUCCAUUUCCUCAAACACCAGUAAACGCCAAUUCACAAAGUCCACUAUCACCAAGUGAUAAUCCACUUUUGCAUGAUAUUUCACAAAAUUCCGAUGUAGUUCUAUGUAAAACAUGUUGUGACUAUUAUCCAGUACAUGAAACAUAUAGUCUUCCUUGUCGACAUAUAUUUUGUUUGAAUUGUUGGGGAAGCUAUUUAAAAAAGAAAAUACUUCAAGAUAAUUGUGGUAAAACACUGACCUGUCCAUCAAGAUGUAAUUAUUUAAUUGAAGAUGAUAAAGUAUUAGAAUUAAUUGAUACCGAUGAAAUUAGACAAAAAUUUAAACGUUUAAUGGUGGAGACAUUUGUUGAAAAUAAUCGAAAAACAAAAUUUUGUCCGGGACGUGGCUGUGAUAAAAUCAUUAAAGUAAAAUCAAGUAAUUGUGGCUCACAAUUAAUAUCGUGUGCGGAUUGUAAAACAAAUUUCUGUUUUGCUUGUACAGAAAUAUGGCAUGAUCCAAUACAAUGUUCAUUAUUGAAAAAAUGGCAAAAAAAAUGUUUUGAUGAAAGUGAAACAUGUCAUUGGCUAGAAGCAAAUACAAAAGAUUGUCCAAAAUGUCACACAGCAAUCGAAAAAAACGGUGAAUAG